UGCAUUAAUGUGCGAUCUCUUGACUGAACACGUGGCUUUCGAAUAUCACAGUUUUAGCGCCAAUUGAUGGUUUAACGCUUCAGUAAGAAUGGCAACAACAUCCCCAAAUACCGAAAUCCUGAAAACAUUUGCCCAGAAAUUGACCACCCCAAGUACCAAGGAAAGAAUACGCAUUUUACGUGACGUUAAAGAUUGUGUUCAAACAAAUGUUUUACCAGAUGCUGCCAUUAAAGGGAUAUCAAAGUACCUUGUGUUGUCUCUUGGCCGUUACCGAGAUGGACGCUCUCUGAAAGCUGUGUCAGAUUUAGUCCAAACACUUGCAGAGAAAUAUCCAGAUCUAACAUUAAAGAGCAUCCAGUCUUCCCUCAACAGCUUUGCUGAGGCGCAAAAGAAAAUUGUUCUAGCAUGUCGAAGUUCAUCUGGAGAAGCUUUGGUUGCUCUAACGUGGACAUGCAUCAGUCUAAAACAGGCGUUUGUUUGUUCAACAGUGUCUUCCAGCAUGCUCAAACAGAUGGUGGGUUUACAGACACUGUUGAUCUAUGGAGCUCUUGCUGCUGGAAAUAGCGUAAUUAACCAAUCAACAUUCAGGAAGAUGAAACACAUCUGGUCUCAUUCUGCCGAGACGGUAAAAGAUUACACUGCAGCACUGGUAGAGGUAGAGCCAGCUCUGUUUAACUUUUCCUGUAUUGGUCUGGUCAUGAAAUAUCUGUCCCUGGUGAAAGAAGCUGAGAUAAUAAACAAACACAAGAAUGCUUUCCUCGAGCAGUAUUUGAAGCAGGUUUUAGCUAGCAGAACCAAACCACCUGUUCACAUUCUGGAAAGUUGCUCACAAUUGUUGAGGCAGUGCACCCAUGAUGAUUUCCGAAAUCUGAUUCUACCAGCUGUCAAGAAAUCUAUGCUCAGAAGUCCAGAAAUAUGCCUGGAAACUGUGGGGUACUUGAUCAAGGGUUUGAAGAUAGAUCUCAGUCAGUAUACAGCAGACUUGAUCAAGUUACUGGGAGUUCAACUUUGCUCGAAAGACGAGACGACAAAGAAAGAGGCACUUCAGGCUGUGAAGAAUCUGGCUAGUCAAUGCAGUGAUCCAGGCGCCAUAGAACAGAUGAUUUCACACGUGUUUGGAGUACUGGGCGGGUCUGAAGUGAAGCUGACGCUGACCGAUCAGAAGGUUUGUGUCCUGCAGGCGAUUGGUAACUUGUUCUACAACACCGUCAGUGGUACUACGUCACUACAGAAUCUCAGCACUACAGUCACCGAGCUCUUCCUCCCAACUCUGCAGCAGGAAGUACAUGAGGGUACUCUGGUACACACACUGGCCAUGCUGUCACUCUGGUGUACAAAGUUCUACACCCACGUUCCAGAGAAGCUGAUCCAGUGGUUCAAGAAAGGAAUAUCUCUGAAAACUUCAACAUCUGCUGUGCGAAAUGCAUACAUCCUUUGCAUGAAUGCAUCAUUUCAUGGUGAUACUCUGCUCCAGGCUUCUGAAGUUCUGCCUAUCCUCAUUCAGACAGUGGAGAAAGCCAGUAAACAACCGAGUCAGUCACAACUUGUUACCGAGGCCAUCUCCGCAGCAAACAUUCUAGUCAGACUCUCAUUGGUUGAUAUUGAUACAGAAUCAAAGCUUUCAUCAUUCUGGAGUACAGUGCUGGAUGAAAAGAAACAGUUGCUGAACAACAUGAAGUUUAUGUCUCAGGCUUCUGAUGAAACUCUUCAAAACUUGGUGACUCUUUCUGAGCGACUUAUUCUAGAGUUUCCCCAGUUGAUGACAGAAUCUGUAUCGAGGCCUUACUACAAAAUUCUGGUGUUUUGCCUGACAAGAAAAUCGUGGGGUGUUCGAAAACACACUCGAAGCAGUAUUAAUCGUAUUCUCAGCCUGCUGGGAGGAGCGACCAUUUGUCUUUCACUUAUUGAAGAAUUCAAAACCAUCCUGCAGACACAGACACUUGCAGAUUUUGAAAGGAACAAGUCUGGUGAUGACGAUGUUAAAGAAAAUGGCGUUUCACCGGACGUAGGAAGUGUGAUCCAGCCACGUAUUAUUGCUGACGCUCUGUUGACGAUUUGUGCUGUGGAGAAAGCUGAUGUCAAAGAUGCAGAAUCUAUUGCCAUGGGAACUAUUGAGAUUGCACAUCAUCCCUAUAUUGGUUUUGCCAACAACUCAGCUUGGAUUGAUAUCUUGAGAAAGCUAAAUCUGGAUCCAGCAAAUUUUGUUCGCUCCCACACCAGUGCCUGUCUGAAACACAUAAAAACUGGAGAAAAACUCACAGAGACUGUGUGUAACACUCUGGGCAUGCUAGUUGUAGUGUCACCAGACGAGGUGCUCAAGUUGAUCAUGAUUUACGUCAAAUCUCUCCUGGACAAACCCGACUACACCAACAUCACUAAGGUAGACUUCGCCAUCUUCUGCACUCCCGACGGAGAGCUCUAUGACAAGUCAAUCUUGGAAAGUGCAAAGAAAUCGGAAACGCAAGACAAAAAUGUGAGGCGAGAAAACAAGUUGUAUUCCUAUGCAGAGCAAAUGGCUGAGGUUGAGCUGAGAAAGGAAAAGAAGAUGGGCAAGAAGGAAGACAUGCCCAAGUUGACGAAGAAGCAGGAAGAACUUCUACAGGCUCAGAAAGAGAGAGAGGCUCAGACCAGGAACAGACUGCGAGGGUUUGACAAGGAGAUACAGUGUGCAUGCAGUAUUUUGUCAGUGGCCGUGAAAAGCAACCAGUACUCGAGUUGUUUCUACAUGAGGGACAUGUGCCGACUGCUGGUUCCCCUGUUACAAUCUCCUCUAGCUGCACCUACAGUAGCCCCAGUGUUUGUUCAGCUCGGACAGUCAGCUUUUGAAAACAAAUAUCUCGGUUUGAUGGUGAGCAAUGGCACUUUACGACUCAUGCAUCCUUUAUGCGAGAUCGACCCAGGGUGGACUCAAGAAAGCGAGGCAGUACAAUCCUCACGUAUUGUGGUCACGCUAGCUCAACAAACUGGUGUCAGUGACUGCCUGGAAAGUGGGGACUCUUCCAAAGACAUGUCACUUUUACCUGGCUACACGUUUGCCUUUGUUUAUUAUUUAAUACGGUGUGUGUUGUUGGAUGGAGGUCAGACUGUGAUGGGAGAUACCAAAAUCUGUUCCCUGGCUCUGGAGCUAAUUUCAAGUCAUUCCAAGAUGAGAAGUUGCCAAAACGAUGAUGGAGAUGCUGUAGCAGCGGGAAGUGAGUAUGACCCAGAGUUGUUGCCACGGAAGGAGUUGUUGAGUCUGAUACUGAAUGUUCUGAGCACCAUGGCAGGUAAAAUUCAGCAGAUAGCAGUUGAGGCUAUGUUAGCAGUGGCAGAGAGUGCAGAUGGCAGUCCAGGAACAGGCAAGGUGUCAGAAGGGGAGAUAAUUGUUCUUCUGGAAGGUCUACAAUCUCCCUGUUCGGUUGUUAGAGAUGCAUCAUUACAGUGUUUACAUGCACUGGUCAAUGUUUUACCCGAUGUGGACAGUAACUUUGAGCUUGGAUUGAAUAUUGCUAGCCGAAUCUGGAUUGCAUGCAAUGAUGAGGAAGAACACAUCCAGAAGUUGGCAGAGUGUGUCCGAGAAGAGUUGAACUUGGAAGAGCCACUUGAUGACUUACCGGCAGCGAUUGUAGAUGACAUCAUUCAUGAUGUGGAAGUUGUACGGAAAGCAGCAUCAGAGACAAUCUCCCAAGUGCUGGAAGUUCACAGUGAAUUUGUUCCAGUCAUUCUUCAACAGUUGCUUGUGAAAUACGACGAAAAGCUUUACAUGCCUCCACCGAAACUGGAUCAGUUUGGACGUCUCAUAGAAGAACAGCCACCGGACAUGUGGAGUGCCAGAUCAGGUAUUGCACUGGCACUUGCAAAAAUGGCGCCACUCGUUCCUGUGGAUGAAAUAUCCAAGCUGUUUGAAUUCUAUGUUCCCAGUGCUCUUGGAGAUCGGUCUGUGGUCGUUCGCUCACAGAUGAGAGAUGCUGCCCUUGCAGUUAUCAACGUACAUGGAAAGGACAAUGUGAACAUCUUGCUGCCAGUGUUUGAGAACUUCCUGGCCAGUGCGCCGGAUACCGCGCAGAACGACACAGUGCGACAGAGCAUUAUCAUUCUGAUGGGCACACUGGCCAAGCAUCUGGACUCCGACAAUCCUAAAGUGAAACCCAUUUUAGCUCAGCUUAUUAGUGCACUGUCCACUCCGUCACAAGAGGUCCAGGAAGCUGUUGCGAACUGCUUACCCCCGCUGGUUCCUUCCAUCAAGCAGGACGCCCCCGACCUGGUCCAGCGACUGCUGCACCUGCUGCUGGAGUCUGACAACUACGGAGAGAGGAAGGGAGCCGCGUACGGGCUGGCAGGACUCAUCAAGGGCAUGGGGCUGCUGGCCCUUAAACAGCAGAAGGUCAUGGACAUCCUCACGGUGGCCAUUCAGGACAAGAAGAACCCCAGGAAGAGAGAAGGAGCGUUGUUUGCCUUCGAGAUGCUGUGCAAUAUGUUAGGUCGUCUGUUUGAGCCGUACAUCGUCAAUAUCAUACAACACCUGCUGCUCUGUUUUGGUGAUAACAGUCAAUACGUCAGACACGCGGCUGAUGACUGUGCCAAGUCGGUGAUGCGUAACUUGAGUGCUCAUGGUGUGAAGCUAGUACUGCCUGCUCUGUUACGCGGACUGGAAGAAGACUCUUGGAGGACUAAAACAGGUUCUGUUGAGCUGCUGGGUGCCAUGGCAUUUUGUGCACCCAAACAGCUGUCUGCGUGUCUGCCCAGCAUCGUGCCCAAGCUGACGGAAGUACUGACGGACUCCCACUCCAAGGUCCAGAAAUCAGGGGCACAGGCCUUGAUGCAGAUCGGAUCGGUGAUCAGGAAUCCAGAGAUUCAAGCCAUCGUUCCAGUCCUCAUUGACGCCCUUCAGGAGCCUACCAUGAAGACGACUACAUGUCUCCAGACAUUGCUAGCCACUAAGUUCGUUCACUUCGUUGAUGCCCCAUCUCUUGCUCUCAUCAUGCCUGUGGUGGAACGUGCGUUCAAGGAUCGCACAACAGAUACUCGCAAGAUGGCCGCUCAGAUCAUGGGCAACAUGUACUCACUCACUGACCAAAAGGACUUGUCUCCCUACUUGCCCUCUGUGAUCCCUGGACUGAAGCAGUGUCUGCUGGACCCUGUGCCUGAAGUCCGCAGUGUGUCGGCACGGGCGCUCGGUGCCAUGGUGAAGGGGAUGGGGGAGAGCAGCUUCGAUGACCUGCUGCCCUGGCUCAUGGAUAAACUCGUCUCGGAAAGCAGCUCGGUCGACAGAUCAGGCGCAGCACAAGGCCUGAGUGAAGUGAUAGGUGGUGUAGGGCUGGACAAACUGAAGAAGGUCAUGCCGGACAUCAUAGCCACCGCCGAGAAAGACGACCUCGCCCCACACGUACGCGACGGCUACGUCAUGACCUAUAUCUACCUCCCCGCAACAUUUGGAAAGGACUUCGGCAUAUUCGUUGGACCCAUAUUGCCAUCCAUUCUUAAGGCUCUGGCUGACGAGUCUGAGUACGUCCGAGACACAGCACUGCGUGCCGGACAGAGAAUCAUCAACCUGUACGCCGACACGGCGAUAGAGCUGUUAUUACCAGAGAUAGAACGCGGCCUGUUUGACGACAACUGGAGGAUCAGAUACAGUUCUGUCCAGUUGCUAGGAGACCUGCUGUACAAAGUUUCAGGUGUGUCUGGCAAGAUGUCCACCGAAAGUGCAGGAGAUGAUGAUAACUUUGGAACUGACAGCCAACAAGGAUCAAUCAUGUUUGCGCUGGGAGAAGAUCGCCGGAAUCGAGUGUUGGCUGGACUGUACAUGGGUCGCUCGGACACUGCACUACUUGUUCGACAGUCGGCUCUGCACGUCUGGAAGAUCAUUGUUAGCAACACGCCCAAGAUGCUGAGAGAGAUUCUGCCCACCAUGUUCUCACUUCUGCUGGGGUGUCUAGCCAGCACCUGUCAUGACAAGAGAACAGUUGCUGCGCGUACUCUGGGUGACCUGGUGAGGAAGUUGGGUGAGCGUGUCCUCCCUGAAAUCAUCCCCAUCCUGGAACGCGGUCUGGAGUCUGAUGAGAAGGACCAGAGACAAGGAGUGUGUAUUGGGCUCAGUGAGAUCAUGGCCUCCACCAGCAAGGAACAUGUGAUGCUGUUUGCUGACAGUCUGAUUCCGACUGUUCGUCGAGCUCUGUGCGACAAGCUGCCUGAAGUGCGUGAAGCUGCUGCCUGCACGUUCGACAAUCUGCAUCACAAUAUCGGACAGAGAGCCCUCGAUGAAAUACUGCCAGACCUCCUUGAAAAAUUGGAUGAUCCCGACAUGCAUGACAUGGCUUUGGACGGCCUAACGCAGGUCAUGUCAGUCAAAAGCAAAGUUGUUCUGCCGUAUCUUGUUCCUCAGCUGACCCAGCCACCAGUAAACACAAAAGCCUUAUCCCUUCUAACAUCAGUGGCGGGUGAUGCCUUAACAAAACAUCUUGCCAAGAUCCUUCCGGCCUUGAUGUCGGCUCUUGCUGAAAAGAUUGGAACCCCGGAAGAAGAACAGGAACUGUACCACUGUAAAACUGUGGUUUUGGCGGUCGAGGAUCAGAUGGGAUUGCGAACGAUCAUGGAGGACCUGAUGAGCGCCACCAAGACAAGGGACCACAAAAUGUGCUCGGCCGCAGUGACCAUUCUCCAUGCGUUCUGCAAGCAGACAGCUCUUGACUUCUCCGACUACAUCCCACAGCUGUUCCGCACCUUGAUCGGCCUAUUCACGCGCACAGACACCGAUGUUCUGCUGUCCGCCUGGAACUGUCUGGAUGCCAUUACAAAGAAACUGGACGCCACAGAAAUGCUGCAGCACAUCACUAAUGUGAGACAGUCUGUGAGAUACGCUGUCUCGGACUUCAGUGGGUCAGAACUUCCUGGCUUCAGUAUUCCUAAGAAGGGAAUUACACCGGUGUUGCCUAUAUUCCGUGAGGGAAUUUUAAACGGUUCCCCAGAAAUGAAGGAAUCUGCAGCCAAUGGCCUGGGCGAGGUGAUCAACUACACGAGUGCCGAAGCCUUGAAACCGUCUGUAGUCAACAUUACUGGUCCUCUCAUUCGUAUCCUUGGUGACAGAUUCUCCUGGAACGUUAAGGUCGCAGUGUUGGAGACUUUGACCUUGCUCUUAGCCAAGGUGGGGAUGAUGUUGAAGCCGUUCUUGCCCCAGUUGCAGACAACGUUCCUGAAGGCCCUCAAUGACCCGCACCGUUCUGUUCGACUGAAAGCUGCGGCCGCCCUCGGCAAGCUCAUAGUGAUUCACACAAGAGUGGACCCUCUCUUUACAGAGCUCCAGUCUGGGAUCAAGAAUGCUGAAGAUACUAGUGUCAGAGACACCAUGCUGCAGGCUUUACGCUACUGUCUGAUGGGGGCAGGAGGUAAAGUAGCUGAAGGCUUGCGCAGACAGAUCACCACGCUGCUGAAGGGUUUACUCAGCGCCCCAGAAGACAGCACGAGAAUGGUGGCCGCGGGUUGCAUGGGCGAGCUCGUUAGUGUGUUACCUGAUGCUGAACUCACUGAACUUAUUAUUCAAGACCUCUUAGACCUUGAUGCGAGUUUAGACUGGACCCUCAGACAUGGUCGCAGCGUGGCUCUGGGAGUUGCCAUCAAGGAGCAUCCAGAACAGAUCUGGACUCCUGCAUUCAAAAUGAACAUCCUCAAAGCUGUGGGACAACUGGCGGUGGCUGAUAGAAUUCCUAUCUGCCUCAGUGGUUUGAGAUGUGCAGGAUAUAUAAUGAGACAUCAGCUAAAAUCAGCAGAGGAGAUUUCUGUAGAUUUAAUUGGCCUGUUAAACAAGGGAAUGAAACACGAUUCGAACGACGUCAAACAACUCAUUGGACAGAUAGUAAUCUGGAUUGCUCAGAGCUUUCCAAACAUGCUUCCAUCCGACUUGAUUCGACAACUCAUUCCACUGCUUGUGAAUGGAACCAAAGAGAGGAACACCCUCGUCAGGGCAAACAGCGAGUUGGCUCUGGUGGCCUUGCUACAUCUUAGGGACAGUGAAAAGGGAUUUCAGGAUUGUCUGUCAUCUCUUGAUACUGGUAUGCAAGAUUCACUUCGCGAAGUACUCACCAAGAGUUUGAAGAAACACAUCACCCAAACAGAGCCUCGGCGAGAGGAAAUUGACGACACACUUCUUACUUGACACCAACCAAUCAAACAGCCUGACCUACUAACUGUGUGUGGAGGAAUAAUGAUGGGAAAAACUGUUACAAUGAUAAUAGCAUCAAUAAUGUGAAAGAUGAAAAAAGAUUCAUAAUGAUAAUAAUGUCAGUAUUGUUAAUGAUGGAAACAAAACUUUCAUAAUAAUAGUGUCAGCAUUGUUUUAAAAAAACAAAUUUAAACUCUCAUUACUAAUACAUGUACUAAUAGUGUGAAUAAUGUUAAAGAUGGGAAAAUCUCAUGAUGAUAAUGUCAGUUAGUAAUAUUAAAGAUGAAAACCCAAUUAAGAGUAAUCAGUGUGUUAUGUUUAAAAUGUUGUCAUGUUUGUUUUCAGUAUACAAUGACAGGUGAUGAUUAUACACGAUAGAUGAAAAUACAAAUGGUGAGAAAUCGUCAGAUUUUAUCCUUCUAGAGACAUAUUCACAGAUAACUGGAUUUCUAAAAUUCUAUGGUGUUAUUGUGUUAUUUCAGACAAAUGCUUUGUGGUUUUGAUGGAUUUGAAUAAAACAAAAAAAUCGGCCAAAGUUCAAAAUUACUAUGUUAAACAUAUUUAAGUGAAGUUCAGAAUGUUGUUUUACAUUAUUAUAUAAAUAUAAUUUCUUGUCCAUUUCUUUGUUUUCGCAUUUUUUCUGACUAAACCUGUAUCCUAGAAUUAGACUUUACCUUGAAUCCAAGCUGACAAGGUUUUACUUGACAAUAGUUAACUUUAAACUGUGGAUACAUGAAACUUAACAUGUUGAAACUGAGAGCUAACCUACUUUCUGUCUGGUAUAUUAGAGUGUAAAAAUACAUACAGCCUUGGAGUUUACAUUUUGUGUUAUAGUACAAUUAGUCUAUUCUAGUGUUUGUUGCAUAUCAUGAUAAUCAUCAUUCUGAUUUUUAAAAUAUGUAUAUUGUAUCCAGUAUCAUUCAAGUUGUUUCUUUAAAGUACUCUAUUGACUACAGAUAAUGAAGCUAUCUUAGCGCUACAAUAUCUUAGGCUAUGAAAUCACUACAACACAUGCCAUAGCCUAUGCUACUUUUACGAUACCAUAAUCAUAAGAUAGCUUCAAAAAUCUGGACCCUCAUUUAGGGUCUCUACGAGUACUCGGGCACGGGCCGAGUCUAGCAAGACUCAAGUCCGUUUACAGGUCUCGAGUACCCGUGCAAGGAAGAGCACUAUCAUUUAAUUAUAUAACUUUUACUUCACUUUGCCAUAUGCUUGCCGCCGGUUACGUUAUAGGGGUAUGAGACAUGGAAGGAAAGCAAAAAUCGAAUGUGUAACAUGCAAUGCAAUGGCCUUAUUUGGCAUCCAUGUUCAGUGCUGGAAUUAAGAUUUUAUUUUAUUCCUUAGUCUCAUUCUCAUCUAGUGUAAGUGUCGGGUACUCUGGUCCAGGUCGGAUUUGACCCUUGAGUACUCGAGUCCAAUAUUUCAGACUCGUGGAAACCCUACCCUGAUUGGCUAAUCUGUCCUUAUUCAUUACAUUGCACUAGUGUUGGAAUUGCUUCUUACUAAAUGCUAAUGCAGACUGCACGCCGAGGAGACUCGAACAAGUCAAGAUGAAGACUGUUUCUGAUGAUUUUUAGGAUCAUGUGGAGCCGUUCUUGAGCAUCUUGUCUCCUAGCAACUGUCUUGAUAGAUCUUAGACCCUGUUAGAGAUGAAGUUUAAAGUACGCUAACAGUUUUAUUCUUUAAUGUAGAGUGAUUUUUAUUAUGAUUUUGUUACAAGAUACUGGGUAGUUGAAAAAAUUACUAAUACAUGUAAUAGUAAAUAUGUGAAUUUUAAAGACAUUUUAAAAUGAAUUAUUUUCAUAAUAAAAAAAAUAAUAAAAAAGAAACUACAUAUAUUUACAGAUAUUAUUUGAAAGUUUUGCUUAAAUCAAAAUUGAAUUUAGUACAUUUAAUCACAUAUAUACUUAAUGAAAAAGUAUUGAAAUUGUAUAUGUCUAACCGUGAGCACAUUUUGAAAAAAAAAAAUGUUUGAUUGUUGAGAUUCACUCCACGUAUAUGGAUGCCCACUCAAAGCUAGUUACAUGUACGUGUAUGUGACUGAAAAAGACCACACAGUGAGAAGAUUAGAAUAGAGCUGAUUAAAAAAACUAAAAAACAUUAAUUUGUCUUAUGCUUAAAAACCUGUUAUGCUUCCACCAGUGGGGGUGUUAAAAACAGCUGCUUAAGAGAAGUGGCUGCUUAACACAGGUCAGGUUGUACUAGACAGUGAUUUUGGAAAAUAAUAACCUGUCCUCUUGAAGCCAGAGGACUAGUUAAUGCAAGUGGCUGCUUGGUAAGGUUUGACAUCCAACCAUUAAUAUGUAAUGUUUAAAUUUCUGAACAUGUGGGAUAUAACUUGAUAUCCUACCACAUUAAAAAAACUAAUUUAAAAUUUUGUUUUUAAUUUAAAGACAAUGUGUUUAAAUUCAUUUGGCAUUUCUUUCUGUUUUUGUUUGUGUCAGAUUACUGGUAUUUAUUAAAUAUAAUGUUAUAUAUGCAAUAAUCAUGAUGGUUUUCUUUUACGGUGUUUGUCUGGAUUUAAUAUCACAUUUUCUUUCUUUUCUGUGAAAUAUUGUGUUAAAUUCUGGUUUCUAGUUGCUUUGUGACACAGCAGUUUGUUUUGUACGUGUUGAGUGAUAAACAUUUACUGAUUUAUUGUGCACAAAAUAUCACUGGUGUACAUAACAGUAAACAUGUAUAAAUCUAUAAUAAUAAAUAUUGAAAUAUA